AUGACAUCGAAAGUCGGAAAAGAGAUAGCGAAGAAAGAAAUUGGUAUAUGUUCCGCCUCUUUUGGAAUUGAGUGCGGAAAAAUGAAGAAAAGCGGCAAAAAGUACCAAACAGGAGCAUGCUGUCACUGCAAAAGGAGAAGAAAGAAAUGCAAUGGGCAAUAUCCCACCUGUUCAAACUGUCGUUCAGCUAGUGUAGUUUGCACCAUGAUAGACCUUGCUUCAGGGCGCGAGAUCCCAAGAAACUACGUAGAAAAGCUGGAGAAUAAAAUUUCUGAUCUUGAGCGUACCUUGAAUAGUGGAAAAAAUCGAAGGAAUAGUACAGACAGUGCUGAACAAAAAGCCGAUAUGGUUGAAAAGCCAGAAAGCCAAAGUGAAGAUGAAGGGGUAGAUGAGCUAGCUGGCUCUGGAAACAAAGACCUUGCACGAGAUGUGGGCUACAUAACUUUAGCAGCAGCCGCAGAGCCACGUUAUCUGGGGGCAAGUAGCGCAUACUCGAUAGCCAAGGUUAUCACUCAUUCGAUACAUUACUACCAGCAAAAGCAAAGGAGUGUUACAGUAGGAAAGAGGAACCUAUUGAAUUCAAGGAAUGCCCAUGUAGAAGAGCGCCAGGAGCAGCUGUUAGCAUUAGAAAUAAAUAAGCCAAAUGAGGAGACGGGAAGAAAGCUUUUGAAGGCUUAUCAUCGUGGCGUUCAAUGCCAAUAUCCAUUCCUCGAUUGGUCAUGGGUAUUGAGAUGUUUUGACGAAGUCAUAAAGAAGGAAACACAGAAUGAUAUUUCUUCUUUCUUCAUCUAUAUGAUAUUUGCAAUUGGUAGUCAACUUAUAGAAGGAGUUUCACGGACACCAUCGACUCUCCAUGCAAGGUCUUACUACAACAAGGCUUUCGAGCACAUAACUUCCAUCAUAGAAGACACAAGCAUACGAUCAGUCCAAGUGUAUUUAAUUUUGGGAAUUUUUUCCCAAAAAAUGCCAUGUGGGAGCUCUAUCUGGCAGACUACAGGCCUUGCCAUUAGGACUUCAGUGGCAUUAGGUUUGCAUCGAUCAUUGAGCCACAUAAACAAGAAAAGCAGACAAAAGGAAGUAGACCGCGCUAGCAAAGACCUUCGAGCAAGAGUCUUCUGGUGCGCAUAUAGCUUAGAGAGGAUCAAUGGGCUUGUGCUUGGUCGCCCCUUUGGUUUAUCUGAUGUGGAUAUAGACGUUCCCUUUCCAGACUCGGAAGAAUAUAUUGUUGCCAACCAUGUCUUCAAACUACGUAAAAUACAAUCUAGUAUAUGCGUGUUUGUUUACGGUCCUAGGCAUUUUAACGAAGAAGAAGAUGAGGUAAAUAUCACAAGGCAUCAAAUAAUGCUUGAGCUCAGUAGCUGGAAGUCAACCUUCCCGGUCAACAACCACGCCAAGUGUACUUGGGAAACUGAUAAUUGGUGUACAAUUUCACAUCACAAUUCAGUUCUACUACUUUUGCGUCCUGUGGUGCUUGAAGUGUCAGAAAAGAAAGGGCGUACACCAGCUUCCACAAUUGAAUGGUUCAAAAUUUUUACACAAUCAGCAUCAGCUAUAUGCUUGAAUUACAAGGAGCUGCACUCAAUCCAAAAGUUAAGCUAUACAUGGCUGGCACUUCAUUGCGUGUUUAUUGCAGGACUUUCAUUUCUGUAUUGUAUAUGGCUUGAUUGCUCCUUGAAAAUAUUGCAGUGGAGGAAGAAGAGUACAAUUUACGAUACUAUAUCUGCAUGCUCUAAUAUUCUUUACGUUUUAGCGGAACGAUGGGACAGCGCUACAGUAUUUCGCAACUCUUUCGAACAAAUGUCAAGAUCUAUCUUAUCCAAAGUAGAAAAUGAAGAUGAAGAGACGGAUGCUGAGAAUGAUACUCUCAGCCCAAAAAGGGAGAUAAUGUUUAAAGAGUUUUCCUACACUGCCGAUAGGAUAAGGAAUUCUUACAAUUCUGGCUCCCUAAGGAACUUACAACCCUUGCAUGAGGCACAAGAAUACGGAGCAGACCUGGGACCUACAGAUGGCGUCUCAUUUUCAAUCCCAUCAUCUGUCUCUAGUAACUCUACUCCUACAGGUUCGGUCAAUAAUUCAUUCGAUAGAAAGGAAAAAAUGGACGACAGUGCGGGAGACUCAAUAUGGGACUUUUUGAACAAUGAAGGAGAUCAAUUCUUGAGGACAAUCUUUUAUGACAUAGAAGAGACACUGCAAACGACAAAAUAG